AGUAUCGAACAACAUGAGAUGAGCCCAUUGAUUACCGAUGUGUCACUUGCAACAUUUUUCAAUAAACUCAUAAAUUCCCAGUCUUCACCACUUCGUUUUUCGAUGUCCAAUUUUCUAGUAAAGUGAUCACUUGCAGGACGUGAAUGACAUCAUAAGUCAGUUCAUUGAUUCCUAGCUCACCGAGGGGUGAACGAUCUGCAAAAGCGCGUUGGGCUUCAUUGCCAAUAGAACACUGCCAAUUUACUGAAAGUAUUCACAGCAUUGCCGAAGAGCUUGUGGAUAUUGAGCUCAGCACAUAGGCCGUACCGCGAAUAUUCAACAGCAUCGACCAUGAACUCAAUCAUCACGCCAGCCUUUUUAUCUUCUAUCCGUAAAUCGCGAUCUCUCCCCCGUAACUCGUGGUACUUCAUCACAGCCACCACGUUAUCUAUACUGAACAGGCCAGACGAAAUUCCGAAAGUAUUCAAUGAUGCUAUUGGAGGUGCAGCUAGUCUGGCCGAUGGACCUCCAUCUGUGGAUGAGCAGCUCAUCAUCGCAAGACGCAUGCGUGAGGCUCUCGUCAAGGCAUCCGCUGUCGGAGGCCUUCCAAAGACCAUCAAUGCUCUCAUGGCCAUGAAGGCGGUAACGCCAUCUCAUCUGCUGGAUGACCCGGGAGACACCUCACCCACAACACGACGGCAUGACGUAGAGAAAGACUCGGUAGAAAUCUUGGAACGUGGCGAAAUGUUCUGGGACAGGAUAUACGGGAAGAUAUCGCGAAGAAUCAUGAGUCAAAUGGAGAGGUGUGGCACCGAGGAUUUGGCUGUCACUGCCCGUCUCAUGUACGGCCAUAUUCUCAGUAACACCCAGAUACUGUCUGCGCCGGAGACUUCGUUCGUCUUGAUCGCUGGCCUGAUACCCCAAGACGUCAACCCACAGCUCAAGGGUCAUCUCAGAGGCGCGCUGAAUGCAGGUGCCUCCAAGGACGAGGUCACCGCUGUACGGGAUCUCGUAAUACGGAUUUGCGAGGCAGCAGGCAUGCAGAAGCUUGAUGCUUCAGCACCAGGAGGUUGGGGAUGGAGGGGAGAGAUAGCAGAUGUAUAACAGUCCCAUCAGUCACAUCGCCUGUUGGAAGAUGCGCCUUCCCUCUGGCUGUUGCACGCUUUCGUAGUCACUUCAUAUUUCAAGCCUAAUAGUUCGGCAUCUAUAGCAAGGAGUUCAACACAAUACAUUGCCUGUUGUCCUGU